UUCAUACAAUAUAUAAUUUAAAAUACAUAAAAAAAAACUCGAUCAAGGCAGCAAUAUAUUGCCAUCCGGCGGCCACCGUGGUUAGCUAGCGAACAGAUCUCCGGUCAAUGAAAGGCACGGGAACCCUUGGCUUUUGUAUGAGGUAUGAUACCACCUAGCUAUGUAGUACAUGCGGCAUGCAAUGGGAAGGCAAGAGAGUUGAAUUGGUACCGAGCCACUGAGGACGAACGCCCAGCCCUGUACGAUGAUGAGCAGUACAACACGCAGCGGCAACAACAACGAUUUAUUGGUCAAAGGUGGUGGGGAUGAGUUGUUGCUAAAAGGGAGCACUAGCUAUCACCAUCCCCGGAAUGAGAGCAUAGCAGAGAGUGGCAGCUGCAGCAAUAAUGCCGCGGCGGCGGCGGCAACGAGCUUGAAGCCCCAUACUGGCGGCGACGGCCGAUGGGACGCCAUUAACUUAGCAGCAGCAAAGGCGGCGGGUGGCCUGGGGCUGAACAAUUUCCGACUGCUGAAGCGGCUGGGUUAUGGAGACAUCGGAAGUGUGUACCUGGUUGAGCUCCGGCGAACCAACACAUUCUUCGCAAUGAAAGUAAUGGACAAAGGGUCUCUGGCCAGCAGAAACAAGCUGAUCCGAGCCCAAACAGAGAGGGAGAUUCUGGGCCUGCUUGACCACCCCUUCCUUCCCACCUUGUAUUCCUACUUCGAAACCGAAAAGUUCUACUGCCUGGUGAUGGAGUUCUGCAGCGGAGGCAACCUCCACACCCUCAGGCAAAAGCAGCCCAACAAGCAUUUCAGCGAGGAGGCGUCCCGGUUCUACGCCUCCGAGGUGCUCCUCGCGCUCGAGUACCUCCACAUGCUCGGCAUCGUUUACCGGGACCUCAAACCGGAAAACGUGCUGGUCCGAGACGAGGGCCACAUCAUGCUGUCGGAUUUCGACCUCUCGCUGCGCUGCUCCGUCAACCCCACUCUCGUCAAGUCCUCGUCCGUGCAUAAUCAUGGGACCGCAAGCAGCAGCAGCAGCGGGAUCUCGGCAGCAGAUGACGAGAGCGCUGCUGCGGCUGCGCAGGCGGGGUGCAUCCAACCAUCAUCCGCCUUCUUGUUCCCCCGCGGCAUCCUCCCCACCAGCAAAAAGAACCGGAAGUCCAAAUCGGACUUCGGGCUGCUCGUUGCUGGGUCGCUCCCCGAGCUGAUGGCGGAGCCCACCAACGUGCGCUCGAUGUCUUUCGUGGGCACCCACGAGUACUUGGCACCCGAGAUCAUCCGCGGAGAGGGCCACGGCAGCGCUGUGGACUGGUGGACUUUCGGGAUAUUCCUGUACGAGCUCCUCCACGGCAUGACCCCAUUCAAGGGCUCGGGCAACCGUGCCACCCUGUUCAACGUGGUGGGGCAGCCUCUGAGGUUCCCGGAUGCCCCACAGGUCAGCACGGUCGCCCGGGAUCUCAUACGGGGUUUGCUCGUCAAGGACCCUCACAAGCGGAUCGCCUACAAGAGGGGCGCCACUGAAAUCAAACAACACCCAUUCUUUGAGGGCGUGAAUUGGGCCCUGGUGAGAUCUGCCCUUCCUCCUUAUAUCCCCGAACCUGUCGACUAUUCCGUAUUCGCCACCCCCGCCCACUCCUCUCCUCCUUCGCCCCACCACAACCAGCAGACGAUGCCUCCUGAAAUCGGAUUGGAAUCCCACACCACUUCCACCCCUCCCAAUUCCUCUCCCUCUCCCUACGUUGAAUUUGAGUACUUUUGAAUUUACUACACAUUUUUUUAUAGAGAAAGAGAGCUAGAGGGGGAUGCCGGUUACUUAACUAGUCAUGUAAAUGAAUUUGUUCAUACUCAACGAUAUGCACAUUAUUAUUCCCAUUUCAUAAAACUCGUGGAUAUUUGUUUUCUUAUUCUUUUAUGCAUCCAACUUUACUUUUUAUUCAUAUUC